GAAUAAUCUGAAUCUUGCCUUGUCCUGCACGGGAAGGGAAGAGUUAAGUAUCUGGAGGAAAUUAGAUGGCCGGUUUCGGGCGCUUAGCCUUUGCCCAAGUGCCGAAAAUCAAGUUGACGGAGGAUCCAAGAACUGCCGCUCGGGGAAGGUCGCUUGUGAGCCUGGACUGCAUGAGUAUGCUGAGCUGUUUCUGCACGCUAUAGGAGGAAGAUAAAAGGCUUUGGUUCAUUAAUAAUCUAAUGAUAUCAACCAUAUCAACCAUCGGUUGAAUUUUCAUCAGAAGGGUUCAGAAGAGAAUGGAGAAGAAGAUUGGCUCCAGGUCUUUUAGGGGUGGCGUGGUAAAGAAACCUUAUUCUCCAAAGGCACUGCCCCUUAGAUCCUUCUCUGGGAGCCAGAGGGACUCACCUAGAAGAUGUCACUCCUUAUAUUGUCAUAGCUCACAAUAUUGGACUCGACACCGAUUAAGAGAACUGCGCAUCAGGUGUCUGGCCAGAAAGUUUCUGUAUUUGUGGAUGCGGAUGACUUUUGGAAGAGUUGCUCCUUCCAGAGCCAGGCUUUUCCAUGAUCGGAGACUACUGCAGAAGGUCUUUGGAGAAUGGAAAGAAGAAUGGUGGGUCUCCCAGAGAGAAUGGAAGCUCAGCGUCCGAGCAGACUGUCACUACAGGUACUACUUGUAUAACCUGAUGUUCCAGAACUGGAAGGCCUUUGUGCAGCAGCGACGGGAGAUGAGGAAGGCAUACCACAGAGCCGAACUUCACGAUUCAAAGCAGAAGAUGCGCCAAGCCUGGAAGUCCUGGUUGAUAUACAUGGUUGCUCGAAGGACCAAACUUCACAUGCAGACUACUGCUCUAGAGUUUAGGCGGCGGAGUGUCAUACGUUUCUGGUGGAGCAAGUGGAGGUGGCGACUAGGACAAGCCCACGCGGAGCACGUUCUGCACGAGGCAGCUGUGACGCACAGGGCCCUGAGCCUCCAGUGGCAGGCUUGGUCACGGUGGCAAGAACAGCUUCUAAAUAGGCACCGGGAGAGAAGGAAAGUGAUCACUGCUGUGCGACACCAUCAGCGCUGUCAGAAGCAGAGGUCUUUGAAGGCUUGGCUUAAAUACCUCCACAUCUGCAGAGUAAAGCGGUGGCACAAUGAGAUGGCUGUACAAUUCCACCGUGUCACUCUGCUCCAGAUGCAUUUCUGUGACUGGCAGUGGGCCUGGGAGUGGAGGCAGAGCUUGUCUGCCCACCAGGCUCUGGUGGCGAAGCUGGCCAGGAAGCUGGCCCUGCGGAGGGCCUUUGCACACUGGAAGCACUACAUGCUGUUACAGGCAGAAGAGGCUGCCCAGCUAGAGGCCGCAGAAGAACACCACCAGCACUACCUGCUGUAUUCUUGCUUUAGAGCCUUAAAAGAAAAUGUGAUGCAGGCCCGACACCAGCGAAUGAGAAGGAACCUUGCCCACCAGCUACAUGAUACUGCGCUGCUUCACAGGUUCUGGAAUCUCUGGCAGACCCGGAUGGAGCAGAGGGAGGAGAGGGUGCAGCCGCCCUCGCUGCACGCAGCCCAGAACCACUACAGGAUGACAGUCCUCCGCAAGUGUGUCAGGGUGUGGUUACAUUAUGCGCACGGGAGACGAUGCCAGCAGUUACUGCAGGCCAGAGCAGAUAGUCAUUUCCAGCAGAGAGCACUGCCUGCUGCCUUCCACACAUGGCACCAAGCCUGGCGAUGGCACCAGCGGAGUCGAGUCCUCCACACGAGAGCAGCGAAUUUUCACAGGGAGACAUUACAGAAGGAUGUAUUUGCUCUCUGGAGGCAGAACAUGUCUCAGCAUCGAGAAAACCGCUUGGCCGAGAGAAUGGCUAUACUGCACGCAGAGCAGCAGCUUUUGCGUAGGUUCUGGUUCUCGUGGCACCAGCAGGCAGCAGCAUGUCAGCAAGAGCGGGAGUGGCAAGCCAUGGCCUGUGCCCACCACCACAGCGGGCUGCUCAGGAAGGCCUUCUGCCUCUGGAGGGAAAGCACCCAAGGAUUUAGGACAGAGAGGAUGGGCAGGGCCCGGGCUGCACGCUUUCACUCAGCACGGCUCCUGCGCUGGGCCUGGAGCAUGUGGAGGGAGUGCCUGGCCCUGAGGAUGGAAGAGCAGCACAAACUGAGGCGUGCAGCCCAGCACAGCCAGCACGCCCUGCUUCACAGGGCUCUGCGGAAGUGGCUGGCUUAUCAGGACAGAGUGAGGAGUGUCCUACAGGAGGUGGCAGCCAGGGAGAGACAGCACAACAGGCAGCUGCUCUGGUGGGUGUUUCGUCGCUGGAGAGAAAACACCAUGGCCCGUUUAGAUGGGGCCAAAAAAGCCUCUCAAGCAAGAGUCCACUACAGCAGGACUCUAUGCUCCAAGGUCCUGGUCCAGUGGCGGGAGAUUACAUCAAUGCAGUUAUAUUACCGACAGCAGGAGGCAGCUGCCCUCAGGGAGGCCCAGAAAGCACUGGCCAGGGGUCGUCUCCGGAUCUGGUUUCGGCGCUGGUGGUCCUGCAGCCAGAGAGAAGCCCAGCAGAGGUUCCUGCUGGAACAGGCGGCUCAGCAUCAUCGCCGGCAGCUGCUGGUGGAAGGGAUGGCCCAGUGGAAGGCAUACCAUCUGGGAUGUGUCAGAAAAAAGCUUCUGCAGAGACAAGGUGCCCAGCUCCUGGCACAGAGACUUGGUCGGGCCUGCUUCUGCCAAUGGAGGAAACAGCUGGCAGCCAGGAAGCAAGAGCAGCGGGGCACAGCCCGGGCACUAUGGUUCUGGGCCUUCUCACUACAGGCAAAGGUGUGGACUGCAUGGCUGGGCUUUGUACUUGAGAAGAGGAGGAAGAAGGCACGGCUGGAAAGAGCCGUGCAAGCCUACCAGCAGCAGCUCCUGCAGGAGGGCGCCACUCGGCUCCUGCGCUUUGCAGCUGGUAUGAAGGCCUCCCGGCAGCAGCUGCAGGCCCGGCAGCAGCUCCAGGCAGCCCACAGCCUCCACCGUGCAGUCCGCCACUGUGCUGAGCUCUGGAAAAAGAAGGUCCUUGGUCCAGGCAGGACGGGUCAGCCAGCAGCAGCUGUCACCUUCGGCAGGAGAGUGACAUUUAAGGAUUCCUUUCUCUCUGGGGCUGCCGCUGGGGCUGGGGCUGCCACCCUGGAGACAGAGAAGCCGCGAGCUCCCCCGUGUCAGCGCGGCCUGGACAGCGAGGCAGCAGCUUCGGGGGAGCCCUGCCUCCUAGAGCUCAAGGAGGCCCGCUUAUCACGGAAACAGCCACGACUUCCGUCCUUCCUGCUAGAGCAUUUGAGGACCCAGAGGUCCCCAGGAUGGUGCACCCUUGGGGAGCAGCAGUUAGAGAAGCCCCCGGAAAAGGCCGAAAGCCUGGCUCCAUCAGGAGGCCUUUCCCUGUCCAGGCCCUUCUUGCCUGGGGUCCUGCCAAAUGUUCCUGGUCCGAAGCUACCUUCUACAGCAAGUCCAGACCUGGAGCUGUUGCCUCCUUCCUCCUUCCUGCCCCGUGGGGCAGGAGGCACUGCCAGGGUAUCAGCCAAUCCCAGCAUCCAUGGACCUCAACCUCCAGCAUGCCCAUCCCUAACCAGGGGCCCCAAUCCCCACCUCUUCCUCCCUGGAGACUCCCCAAGCACCAGGACUAGGCCUAGUCAUGGCUCCGAGGCUACAGGCCACACAGAGCUUGAGGCUGAGCUAGAGGGGAUUCAGCAGCAGUUACAGCACUACCAGAACACCAAGCAGAACCUCCGGUCAUGCCAGCGACAAGCCAACAGCCUGCGGAGGUGGCUGGAGCUAAGCCAGGAGGAGCCCAGGUCUGAGGACCUGGAUCUAGAACAGCAGGUGAAAAAGGAACUGGAGGAGGUGGAAGUACAGAUCCAGCAGCUGACUGAAGAGCUCCAGGCCCAGCGUCAGCCAAUCGGUGCAUGCAUUGCUCGUGUUCGGGCCCUGAGACAGGCUCUGUGCUAGGGGGCUUGCCCCUGGGGGACAGGUGCUAGCCUUCAUAAGGCCGUAGAUGUUCC